AUGAACACCUUUACGCCCCCCAACAAGUAUUCUUCUGCGGACCCCCUCGGCACCGGCGGGAGCUUGUGUGCGCCACACGGGUGUUCUCCUGUUCCCUUCGUCAGCUUGAUCAUGUCUCUCUCGGAGCUCCCAGCACCCCAGAAGAACGACAUGGUCGUUAGCCUCGCCGCCCUUCUCCUGGAGGACGCUGGCUCCGUGCUUACCGCCGAGAACAUCAGUGCGGUGGUAGCGGCCACGAAGAACGAAGUGCCGGCCUACUACCCCACCCUCUUCGCGGCCAUGCUCGAGAAGUCCGAGGGCUGCGCGAUGUUCUGCAAGAUGAGCGCGGGCGGCGGCGGUGGUGGUGGCGGCGGCGGCGGCGGUGGCGCGGCGGCACCGGCUGCCGAGGAGAAGAAGGUGGAGGAGGAGGAAGAGGAGGAGAUCGACAUGGGCGGGGGCAUGGACAUGUUCGGCGGCGGUGACGAAGGCGGAGGAGACUACUAAGCGUCUCUUGAUGCUGGUCGUUCCUCCGCAUGCCCGCGGUCGCGUUCAGUCGCAGCUUCCUUCCUGCGCGUCUCCUGGACGUCGUGGACGACUGGCUAAACAACUGGUUUGCGACCGCGCAGCCGUGUGGCGAAAGUGACCAUUGUGGUGGCUUUCCUGGAAUUCUGCGCCUAGUAGCGGGGUGCAAUUCCUCCUGGUUCGCAGACGAACGUCGUCUCGGCUUGUUGCGAUGUGGCGCUACGUUGGCCUUUUUGGCUAGCGUGUGUGUGGCGGCAAGCCGGCUUCGAGAUUGGGCGGUGCUUGGUGUCGAAAGCAUGAGGCUCGUAGCUCUUUUGAGUCGGGUAGUGGCGCGGCUGCUGGUAGUUAGCUCUUGCCGGCUGCGUCUGUUGCCUGCCUUCGCUGCUGCGAGGCUGAUGAAGCUACGGGAGCAAAAUAACAAUGGUUGAACACCCAU